AUGUGGUCAUUGCCGGCCAAUGAGGGCGAGAGCGCCACAGCCCACUUCUUCCUUGGAGCUGGAGAUGAGGGCCUGGGCACAUGUGGAAUAGGCAUGAGGACAGAAGAAAGUGACAGUGAGCUCCUUGAGGAUGAGGAGGAUGAAAUGCCUCCUGAACCACAGAUCAUUGUUGGCAUCUGCGCCAUGACCAAGAAAUCUAAGUCCAAGCCAAUGACUCAAAUCCUAGAACGACUCUGCCGAUUUGACUAUCUGACUGUUAUCAUUCUGGGAGAAGAUGUGAUUCUCAAUGAACCUGUGGAAAACUGGCCAUCCUGUCACUGCCUCAUCUCUUUCCACUCUAAAGGCUUCCCUCUGGAUAAGGCUGUUGCUUACUCCAAACUUCGAAAUCCCUUUCUUAUCAAUGAUUUGGCCAUGCAGUAUUACAUCCAAGAUAGGAGGGAGGUGUACCGGAUCCUGCAGGAGGAGGGUAUUGAUCUGCCUCGAUAUGCUGUACUCAACCGUGAUCCUGCCCGACCUGAGGAAUGUAACCUUAUAGAAGGUGAAGAUCAGGUGGAGGUAAAUGGAGCUGUCUUUCCUAAGCCCUUUGUGGAGAAGCCAGUGAGUGCAGAGGACCACAAUGUUUACAUCUACUACCCCAGUUCAGCUGGAGGAGGAAGUCAGCGUCUCUUCCGUAAGAUUGGUAGCCGAAGCAGUGUUUACUCUCCUGAGAGCAGUGUCCGCAAGACAGGGUCAUACAUCUAUGAAGAGUUCAUGCCAACAGAUGGCACAGAUGUCAAGGUAUAUACAGUGGGGCCAGAUUAUGCCCAUGCUGAAGCCAGAAAAUCUCCAGCUUUGGAUGGGAAGGUUGAACGAGACAGUGAGGGGAAAGAGAUUCGAUACCCAGUCAUGCUGACUGCCAUGGAAAAGCUGGUGGCCAGGAAAGUCUGCGUAGCUUUUAAGCAAACAGUUUGUGGAUUUGACCUUCUUCGUGCCAAUGGCCAUUCCUUUGUGUGUGAUGUUAAUGGCUUCAGUUUUGUCAAGAACUCAAUGAAAUACUAUGAUGACUGCGCCAAGAUUCUAGGGAACACUAUAAUGAGGGAACUUGCCCCACAGUUCCAGAUCCCAUGGUCUAUCCCAACAGAGGCUGAGGACAUUCCCAUUGUUCCUACUACAUCUGGCACUAUGAUGGAGCUUCGUUGUGUCAUUGCAAUUAUCCGUCAUGGAGAUCGUACCCCCAAACAGAAGAUGAAGAUGGAAGUGACACACCCAAGGUUUUUUACUCUGUUUGAAAAACAUGGUGGCUACAAAACAGGGAAAUUAAAAUUGAAGCGACCUGAGCAGCUACAGGAAGUGCUGGACAUCACAAGGCUGCUGUUGGCUGAGCUGGAAAAAGAGCCAGGUGGUGAGAUCGAGGAGAAGACUGGGAAACUAGAGCAGCUGAAGUCUGUGCUAGAGAUGUAUGGUCAUUUCUCAGGCAUCAACCGAAAGGUACAGUUGACUUACUACCCUCAUGGAGUAAAAGCUUCUAAUGACAAGCAAGAUGCCCAGGGGGAGUGUCUGGCCCCAUCUCUACUUUUGGUGCUGAAGUGGGGUGGAGAACUGACUCCUGCUGGCCGUGUUCAGGCUGAGGAGCUGGGGCGUGCUUUUCGCUGCAUGUAUCCUGGAGGACAGGGUGACUAUGCUGGUUUCCCUGGUUGUGGACUGCUUCGACUCCACAGUACUUUCCGUCAUGACCUCAAGAUCUAUGCCUCUGAUGAGGGCCGCGUCCAGAUGACUGCUGCUGCCUUUGCUAAGGGCCUUCUGGCUCUAGAAGGGGAGCUGACACCCAUUUUAGUACAAAUGGUAAAGAGUGCCAACAUGAAUGGGCUCCUGGACAGUGAUGGUGACUCCUUGAGCAGCUGCCAGCACCGAGUGAAGGCACGACUACAUCAUAUUUUGCAGCAGGAUGCGCCUUUUGGCCCUGAAGACUAUGAUCAGCUGGCUCCCACUGGAAGCACUUCCCUGCUGAACUCCAUGGCUAUCAUCCAGAAUCCUGUGAAAAUCUGUGAUCAGGUAUUUGCCCUGAUUGAAAAUCUCACCCACCAGAUCCGGGAACGGAUGCAGGACCCCAAGUCUGUAGACCUGCAGCUCUAUCACAGUGAAACAUUAGAGCUAAUGCUACAGCGCUGGAGCAAAUUGGAGCGUGACUUUCGACAGAAAAGUGGGCGCUAUGACAUCAGUAAGAUACCAGAUAUCUAUGACUGUGUCAAGUAUGAUGUGCAGCACAAUGGAAGUCUGGGACUUCAAGGCACAGCAGAGCUACUCCGUCUUUCUAAGGCACUGGCUGAUGUGGUCAUUCCACAGGAAUAUGGAAUCAGUCGAGAGGAGAAACUGGAAAUUGCUGUUGGUUUCUGUCUUCCACUCUUGCGGAAGAUACUGCUUGACCUGCAAAGAACCCACGAGGAUGAGUCUGUCAACAAGCUGCAUCCCCUGUACUCUCGAGGAGUGCUUUCUCCAGGCCGCCAUGUUCGAACACGUCUUUAUUUCACCAGUGAAAGUCAUGUCCACUCCCUACUUAGUGUCUUUCGUUAUGGAGGACUUCUUGAUGAGACUCAAGAUGCACAAUGGCAGCGUGCCUUGGCUUAUCUUAGUGCCAUCUCAGAACUCAAUUACAUGACCCAGAUUGUCAUCAUGCUUUAUGAAGACAACACACGGGAUCCCUUAUCAGAGGAACGAUUCCAUGUAGAGCUGCACUUCAGCCCUGGUGUGAAAGGUGUUGAGGAAGAAGGCAGUGCCCCAACUGGAUGUGGAUUCCGUCCAGCUUCUUCUGAGAAUGAAGAAAUGAAAACAGAUCAAGGCAGCAUGGAGAAUCUGUGCCCUGGGAAGGCACUGGAUGAGCCAGACCGGGCAUUGCAGACUUCACCUCAGCCCUUUGAGGGCCCUGGCCUCCCAAGGAGAUCACCUCUCAUUCGUAACCGAAAAGCUGGCUCUAUGGAGGUCAUGAACAUGCAGUGUACGGGGAGCCUGGACCUGAUCCCCUUGCGGGGACGGCGCCGCCGGAGGUCAGGAGACCUCCCCCGGCCUUCCCCAGCCAUCGGCCUACAGCCCCGGGCUGUGUCUACCACUCACCUGGCGUCCUGCACACAGGUGCUUUCUGAGACUUCAUCCUCAAGGCCUGGAGGAUACCGGCUCUUUUCAUCCUCACGACCACCAACAGAGAUGAAGCAGAGCGGCCUAGGCUCACAGUGCACAGGGCUAUUCAGCACCACAGUGCUGGGUGGCUCUUCCAGUGCUCCGAAUCUACAGGACUACGCCUGCAGCCAUGGCAAAAAGCUACCACCUGCCAGUCUGAAGCACCGAGAUGAGCUCUUGUUUGUCCCGGCCGUAAAACGAUUUUCUGUGUCGUUUGCAAAGCAUCCGACUAACGGAUUUGAAGGAUGUUCCAUGGUGCCUACCAUUUACCCCCUGGAAACACUACAUAAUGCCCUUUCUCUGCGUCAAGUUAGUGAAUUCUUGAGUAGAGUCUGCCAGCGCCACACUGAUGCUCAAGCACAGGCAUCUGCAGCCCUCUUUGAUUCUAUGCACAGCAUCCAGACCUCAAAUAACCCAUUUUCCCCACCUCGCACACUUCAUUCACCUCCUCUACAACUCCGGCAGCGCUCUGAGAAGCCCCCUUGGUACAGCAGUGGCCCUUCCAGCACUGUGUCCAGUGCUGGACCUUCUUCUCCCACUGCAGUGGACGGUAAUACCCAUUUUGGCUUCAGUGAUCAAUCUUCCCUGAGUUCACAUGUGACUGAAGAACAUGAAGGUCUUGGGCAGCCCCAGGAGACUCCUGGGAACGAAGCACAAGAGCAUAUAGAAGGGGAGAAAGAAACUUUUGAACCAAAUCAGACCCCACAGGACCUGCCUGUGGAGACUUGUCAGCCAUGCCGGGAUGUCUCCCAGGAGGUCAGCCAGCAAUAUGUAGAGACCUCUGAGAUCAAUCAAUCACACUGGGGUGUCACUGAGGAGGUCAGACAGCUAUUACAGGAGGUCCCUGAUAUUAGCCAGCUGUGUUUGGAAGAGUCUCAGAAUGUCAGCCAGCCAUGCCGGGAGAAUCAUAACAAUGUUACUCAAACAUGCCAAGAAGUCCCUGAGAUCAGCCUACCAUGCCAGAAGACCAGCAAUGUCUCUGAGGAAGUCUAUGAGCUUUACCAAGGGAACUCUAAAGAGAUUAGCCAGCCAUGCCAAGGGGGACCUGUGGAGGUUGGUAGGCUGUUGCCUGGGUUCUCUGUACAUGAUGGUGGUUUGGUCCAGGAAAUUCUUGUGGAGAUUCACAGGCCAGCCCAAGAGGUUCCUGAGGAGGUCAUCCAGCCAUGCCAGGACUUCUCUGUUGGGGUUGACAGGCUGCCCAACAACUCCCCUGAAGGCGAUCUCUUGUCUCAGGACAUUCCUGAGGUUGAUAAACCAUCUCAAGAGUUCCUUGAGGAGGCUGAUCUUCAGGACCAAGAAGGCCCUGAGGAGAUAAAUCAGCAAUUUUCGGUAGUCUCUGAGGUAAUUGACCAGCUUCCUGGAGAGGAUGUUCCCCAAAGUCAGUAUCCAUCCAGUGAUCUACACUCUCAGAGCCAGUCUCUAGCCCAUGACCAGCACUCCUUUUCCACCAGCAACAUGUGA